UGACAGGCGUGAGCCACCGCACCCGGCCCUGGCUGGGACGCUUUUCUGAGCCUUGGUGGGGACUCCGUAAAGCGGACACAAUACCAGGGCGAGGAUUUCGAGGCGGCUGCGGGCUCAGGAGGGCUUCUGCGGAGGCCCCGGCGCUGCGCGGUCCGAGGGCCCCACGGGGCCGCCCGCCCACUGCGGGGUCACCGGGGCUCUAGCGACAGGUCCCCGAGGCGGAACUUCCCGACACUCGCGCCUUCGCUUCUGUUCCUGGGGACCAGCGGAGCCUCCACUCCGCCCACCGCCCACCCAUCCCACCGCGCCAAAGAGUGCCCGAAAGCCAACGCCGGAAGCCCCGCCCCCCACGAGGCCCGCCAGACCGUUCACCUUCCUGGGCCGCCAUUGGCUACGUCUGCAUGGCCGCACCUUGAGACGCCUUAUGGGAAAUGUAGUUCACGGCCCCCUCCGAGAGCUAGCGGCGUCCUCCCUUGUCGCCUUGGCAACGACCCCGCCGCGCCGCUAGGAGAGCCGGGAGUGGAGGUCGUGGCUUGAGGGGCGCCGAGCUAGCGGAGGCGCAGGGCACGGAGUUCCCAGAGUUCCCGGAGUUCCGGCGCCUCAGGCCCCCCGCGUGGACCCGGGUGCCUUCCUCGUGAUCUCCUGGGCGAGGUGAAAGGCAGGGACCCUCGCCGCGCCCUCCGCGCGCCGUGCCCCCGCGGCGAGCGGCUCCUCUCCCUCAGACCUGCCGCUCGCGGACAGGCGCCGUGGGCCUCCCGGGCCCCUGCGCCGCCCGCCUUCCCCGCGGCUCCCGGAAGUGGCUCCCUGUCUUCGGAUGCAUUUCCCCCGCGCGGGGAGAGCUUCCCGGGAAGACUCCGCGGCUGCCGAGGGCUCCCGCGUCCCGGACGCGUCUCCGUGGAGGCCGAGGGUCCAAUGGCCGCGGCGGUGCAGGCUCAGUUGGACCCAUCAUUGCAGGGCUUGGUGAUGUUUGAGGAUGUGGCGGUAUAUUUCUCCAGGGAGGAGUGGGGGCUCCUUAAUGUGACCCAGAAGGGCCUAUACCGGGAUGUGAUGCUGGAGAACUUUGCACUCCUUAGCUCACUAGGACUUGCGCCUUCAAGAUCCCCUGUGUUUACCCAACUGGUGGAUGAUGAACAGUCCUGCGUGCCCAGCUGGGUGGAUGUGACUCUAGUCAGCAGAACAGAAGCCAGCAGAGGUCCUGGUGCUGGUCUUGAUGGUCUGUGUAGAGUGGAGGGUGAGAGAGCCCCUCCCAAGCAUAUGAAGAGCUACAGAGUCAUCCAGGACCAAGACACUUGUACUGAGGGGAAACCAAGAAGGUACACUGAGUGUAAGGCAGCCUUCCCACCAAGUUCCAGUUGUGGGCAACAGCAAGGAGUCCAUGUGGCAGAGAAGCUGUUCAAAUGCAGUGACUGUGGGAAGGUGUUCUUGAAGGCCUCUGCCCUCCUUGAUCAUCUGAUAACUCACUCUGAAGAGAGACCCUUCAGAUGCCCAGCAGGCAGAAGUGCUUUCAGGGAGAAGUCAACUCAUAUUAACCCCCGAAAAAUUCACACUGGAGAAACAUCCCAUGUGUGUAAUGAGUGUGGGAAGGCCUUCAGUUACCCGUCUAAGCUGAGGAAACACCAGAAGGUUCACACAGGCAUAAAACCUUUUAAGUGUAGUGAAUGUGGGAAAACCUUCAACCGCAAAGAUGCACUUGUUCUACACCAGAGGAUUCACACUGGAGAAAGGCCUUAUGAGUGCAGCAAAUGUGGGAAGACCUUCAGUGUUCUGUCUACCCUCAUUAGGCACCAGAAAGUGCACACUGGAGAAAGGCCCUAUGAGUGUGCAGAAUGUGGGAAGUUCUUUAAAUACAGUAAUAGCUUCAUUCUUCACCAGCGAGUUCACACUGGAGAAAGGCCUUUUGAAUGCAAGCAGUGUGGGAAAGCCUACGUGACUCGUUCAGGCCUCUAUCAGCACUGGAAAGUCCACACUGGGGAACGGCCCUAUGAAUGUAGCCUGUGUGGGAAAACCUUUACUACUAGGUCCUACCGAAAUCGGCACCAGCAGUUCCACACUGAAGAGAGGUCUUAUGAAUGUACAGAAUGUGGGAAAGCCUUCAAACAUAGUUCUUCUCUCCUUCAGCACAAGAAAGUUCAUACUUCAGAAAGGCCUCAGGAGGACAGGUCACGUGGGAAAGUUGUUAGCUGCUAGAAAAGGUCUUAUUCCAGAAAGAAGAUUGAGGAGAGUGACCAUGAGAGUGCCAUGUGAAAGAAGCUUAACCUUGUGUAUCUCACCCUGGGGAGAGUUCCCGUGUGUGCCUGGUUUGUGGGAACCUUUCAGGAGCCACGUUGGACUCUGACUUUCCUUGGGCUGUUGGCAGUGUCAUGUCACUGUCAGUUUCUGUGAUAGAAGCCAUCCACUUCUGUCCAUCCUGUAAGGUCCCUGCAGCGAGUGGUACAGCAGACCUUGGGCUCCUUGCUCUGAACUGUAGACAGUCAUUAAUGGUGGAGCCCAAAACAGCUCUUUCCUUACCCCUGAAUGGUUUAGCUGUGAUCAUGAUCCAGCUCUGGCCAGAGGAGCUGAGCUGGUAUAUGCUGGGGGCUUGUUGAGAAGGUUUACCAUUUUCAUGGAAAUGGUUGAUAUUACAUGGGGUAUUUGUCAUGCCCUAGCACGGACUGUCUCAUACUGCACUGGACUGUGGUAAUAAAAAGGUUUUAUUGCUUAA